AUGACGGAGCAGGGCGCGAGUGACGACGCGGAAGUGAGAAAGGAUGGCAAGAAAAUAAUCAUCGUGUGCUCGCCAUCGGGACUACGAGGAAGGUACGCAUUCAAGCCUUCGCAGUUCAAGGGCGCCUUGAGGAAGUUGGUGACAUUUUACGCCAAGAAACACUUCGUCCCCGAGGAUGCGUGCAAGUGGUACUGCGCCUCAUGGGCCGAGCCGGCGGAGGGGCAAACCCGCAUCAAGCCCCUCAUCAAGGGUGAACUUGACGUCUCGUUAUCUCUGUCCAAAUACAUCGAGCUUCACGGAGAAACACGCAAGGUAGUUCGUGGGUGUGAGAUAGGGUACGUGUGCGUGGGCGUGAAGUUCACGAAGAAGAGGUGCGAGAUGCAGUGGCUCACACCUGAAGAGGCCUUCGCGCGGCAGUUUGGUUUGGGCAGUUUGACUUAUCCCGCGCGGCACCUCGCGUCGCCGACCCUUGGACUCGCGGACAUGAGCAUGGAGGAGGACACAACGCCCAUCUGGGCGUCCCUGCCGCUUCACAUUCUCGAGCGCGUGUACCGCCACCUGAACAACCCGGACGAUCUCGCGUGCGCGAUGCUCGUCUGCAAGCAGUGGAGCCUGGACAGCCCCGAGCAGAGGAUGAGAGCCAUGGCCACCGGACUGGUCGCGGACAAGGACGACCUCGACAGCGUCGCGGAUUACUGUUUCAACGGCGAACGCUUGGGAGGAAAUGUCACGCUCAUGCAGUUUGCGGUGAUGCAUAAACAGGACGUUCAGGCUGUGCGCGGUCUUUUGGCCAUCGGCGUAAAGCCCGAUCCUCAUUCAUUGAAAUUUGCCGUCCUUUGCAACUCGCCAGUGGCCCGUGGUUAUAAGACUACCAAUGACUGUUCAAACUUAGAGCCCCAUAUAAUUGAUUGGCACAAGUGGAGGGAAGAUCAGCCGCCGUGCGAAGAUCACAUCGCCAUCGCCCGCGCUCUGAUUGACGCCGGACUUGAGGUCGAUUUCGUUUUCCCCGACGCUUGUAAGGUCGGCCACCGAGGCAUGGUCGCAGCCUUGAUUGACACGGGAAAAGUGAGCGCCGACGUGAUGGACGCCGCGGUGGGCCACAUUGGGCUCGUCAAUUUCGAAGAUUUUGCGAUGAUACGACUCCUCGUCGAGCGAGGCGCCAACAUCAACGUCGCCUCUGACCUGAGCAAAAACGUUAUGAAUCCGCUCUUUAACGCCAUCAUGCACUGCGAUGCGAACAUGGUGCGUCUGUUGAUCGAGGUUGGAGCUGACGUCAACCAGAAGGACGCGAACAUAACCCCUUUGGCCCUGGCCUCAUAUCCGGGCGGCCAACCCGAGGAGGCUGACCCAGACUUUUGGGAGAUUCGCGACAUCUUGAAGGCAGCCGGGGCGGUGUUGUGA